AUGAUUGGCACUGCGAUCCCCGGCGAGCUCCGCCACGGCCAGGAGUUGCGCAUUGCUGCGCUGGAAGCUCCAGUGACGACCGAGUCGAACACUCGCCAAACUCGCAUCCCCGAGCACUUUGACGCGAUCUGUCGCCUCAAAAUCAACGCGGUCGUCAAGGCGGCGGAGUUCAAGGCGCUGCAACGGGACCACGACAACGAUCUCGGCAGCAAGGCGGCAGAGCGCAGUAGCUCGAUCAAGCCAGCCGCGCCGGUGCGCCUCGACCUCGCUCGUUUGCGACUCGACACCGACGCUCGACUCGAGGCGCUCGAGGCGCUCGAGGGCAACACACCCGUCUAG